UAUUUAGUUACUGAUAAGCUGUCAAAUUUCAUAGUGUACAAUGGUUAGAAUUUCAAUUCCUCAAGGAAUAUUAACUGGUGGUGAGGUUAAAACUGAUAGUGGAUUCGAGUAUUAUGAGUUUUUAGGGGUGCCGUAUGCUAAACCUCCAAUCGGCGAAUUAAGAUUUAAGAUUCCUCAACCACCAGAAACAUGGGAAGACGAACGUGAUGCUGCAACCGCGAAAAAAAACAAUGUCGCUACUCAAUUUGAUAUUAAAACUUGCAAUAUCAUUGGAUCAGAAGAUUGUCUAUACUUAAAUGUAUAUACGCCUAAAUCACUCUUAGAUAACACUCUUCCUGUUAUGGUCUACAUUCAUGGAGGUAGUUUUUCUUCUGGAAACGGCAUUAUUAAAUCUGAAAUUGGACCUGAUUAUUUAGUUGAAAACAAUGUAGUAUUAGUCACUAUUAACUAUAGAUUGGGUAUUUUUGGAUUCCUAUCAUUAGAUAUUCCUGAAGUCGCUGGUAAUAUGGGUUUGAAAGAUAUAGUUAAAGCAUUAGAAUGGGUUAAUAUAAAUAUUGGUUAUUUUAAUGGAGAUAGUAAUAAUGUAACUGUAUUUGGUAAUGAUGCUGGUGCGGCUUGUAUAGAAUAUCUUUUAUGGUCAACGACAACUAAACAACUAUUUCACAAAGCAAUUUUGCAAUCGGGUUCUAUACUUAACUCGUGGUCACUAAAUAGAAAACCUAUGGAGCUAUUACAAAUGUUGUUGAAGAAUUUAAACUAUGAAGGUGAUAUAAACAAGAAGCGUGAAAUUUAUGACUAUUUAAUGUCACUUUCGACUAAAGAACUCAUUCUAGCAAACACUAAAGCUUUCCCAGAUGAGGACUCUAAGAAAUUAAGUUUCGGAUUUGUACCUAUUAUUGAAAAUAAUUAUAAUAAUAACGAAUCAUUUUUAACUGGAGAUCCAAUUAAGAUGAUCAAGGAAGGGAAAUUUAAUAGAAUACCUUUAAUUAAAGGAUUUUGUAGUAAGGAAGCGUCAUUGAGAAAUAUGUUGGGAAAUAAUUCUGUGAAAGAUUUGUCGGAAACUAAAAUGUUUAAUGAAUAUGUUCCCAAUAAUUUUAAUGAUGAAAAAUGUAAUGAUAUUAUUCGGAAAGUUUAUUUUGACAAUGAUUUAGAACAUGAUUAUGAAAAAGCAAUAGAUUUUCUAAGCGAUUUAGAUUUCAUAUCAGGAAUAUGGAUUUCAGCUAAAUUGAUGGCAAAAUUUGGCGUUCCGUUACACGUUUAUGAGUUUUCUUAUGUAGGAGAUAUAAAUAUGAGUCAAAUAUUUAAAUUAAAUGUUAACGGAGCAGGUCAUUGCGAUGAUCGUUCGUAUAUAUUUUCCAGUCAAAUAAAUAAAUUGGUAGGUUUUAAUGAAUCAGAUAAGAUAAUGAUACAAAUAAUGACGGAAUUUUGGACAAAUUUUGCAAAAUACAGUAAACCAUUAUCAACCAGUGAUCUUUCGAUAUCUUGGCCGUUAUUUUCAGAAGAAUCCCCAGCAUAUUUAAGCAUCAAUAAGAAAUUGGAAAUUAAAUUCGAUUAUGAAACGGAGAAGAUGACGAUAUUUCAAGAUAUAUUCAAAAAGUAACCUUUAUUAUUGUAAAAGUCUUUCUAUCAAAGUUUUUUCUUAGAAAUCUAAUGUGAUUUUUAUUCAGAUUUUACGUAUGUGGAGUAUUCUCCAAAUGACGUUUUAUGAUGCAAGCAAUGUUUUCCUAAUUAAUCAUUUUAAUCUUAAA